AUGGAGGAAUCUUACAUCAUCGCUAUAGAUUUUGGAACAACAUACAGUGGAUAUGCCUUCAGUUUGACAUCCAGAGAAGAAGAUGUAGAUCCCCAUGUGAAAUUCUGGGGUGAAGAAGUUGGACUAGAAACCUCAAAGACUCCAACCUGCAUCCUAUUUGAUGAACAUCAACAGUUUGUCAGCUUCGGAUAUGAAGCCAGACAAACAUAUUUAAAAAAAAACGGCAGAGAUUCCAGAGCGAAGUUCUUCUUUGAUUGCUUUAAGAUGUCUCUCUAUGACAAAAAAAUCACCACAGAUCUGACAAUUAAAGCAGCCAAUGGGAAGGAAAUGAAAGCUUUGAAGGUUUUUACCGAAGCUUUGAGAUUCCUGAAGGACGAUGCUCUGAAAACCAUUGAACAAAACACCGAAGGAAGGACUUUCACAGCCUCUGACUUCACCUGGGUGCUGACUGUUCCUGCCAUCUGGGAUCAUUCAGCUAAACAGUUCAUGAGAGAAGCCGCGACACAGGCAGGAAUUAUGACAGAUGGAACAGAAAACAAUCUGGUGUUUGCUCUGGAACCAGAAGCAGCUUCAGUCUAUUGUAAAAAACUACCAUCUGAGGGUUUCGUGGCAGACACACGAACAGAAAACAAACUUGACAGAUCUCCAGGAACUCGGUACAUCAUUGUUGAUUGUGGAGGAGGAACCAUUGACAUCACUGUUCAUGAAGUCCUUGAAGGAGGUGUUCUGAAGGAGCUGCACAAGGCCUCUGGGAACAAUCUAGGUGGACAAACUGUGGACAGAAAAUUUAAAGAAUUCCUCAGAGACACAUUUUCUGCUGAACUCUGGGAUGAAUAUGAAGAAAACUAUCCCAGUGAGGUUCGAAAAAUUAUGUAUGACUUCACACUUUUUAAAAAACAUGAUGAUGAUGUAGAAAUCACCUGUCCACUAAACCUAGGAAUGAUGGCUCAGAAAAAACAGAACAUUGAAGAGUACUUUAAACGAGUGCAAGGAGCAUCUUGGAAUGAGGGAUCAAUCAAAAUAACAAAGCAGACACUGAGAUCUUUCUUUGAAGACAGUCUGUGGAGCAUCACCCGGAGUCUCAGAGGAAUCUUGAGCAAAAGACUCAACAUUAAGUACAUUCUGUUAGUGGGAGGUUUUGCUGAAAGUCAGAUUCUACAGAGACACAUUACUGAAGAGUAUAAUAAUAUCUGCAAAGUUCUGUGUCCAUUUAGGCCCCAAGAAGCAAUUAUGAAAGGAGCUGUAGAGUUUGGAAGAAACCAAGGUAUAGUGGUAUCAAGAAAAAGCGACUAUACUUAUGGAGUAGGUCUCUCAGAUUGGUUUAAUGAGUCAAUUCACAGGGCAGACAAGAAAUACACGAACAAAGAUGGAGACUGGUGUAUGGAUAUUUUUGGAAAAGUGGUUGAAAUUGAUGAGGAUAUUGGUUGGAAUGAAACCAGAAAGCAGUUAGUGAAUCCUUUAGAAAGAGACCAAACACAGAUAACUCUUGCAUUUUAUCGCACAAAGAAAAACGAUCUCAUGUAUGUGGAUGAGCCAAAAGUAGAAGAAAUUGGCUCCUUUGUUGUUCAGUCCCUUGACACCACACUUGGAAUGGACCGUGAGAUUGACCUAGAAAUAAAGUUUGGGUUCACAGAAAUGACGGCAACAGCCACUGACAAACAGUCAGGCUCAGUACACACAGUCAUCCUGAACUUCAUGACAAAAUAA